ACACAAGGUCUCAUUUAUUGUCAACAACAUCUCUAAAAUAUGCUAUAUAGUUCUUUCAAAUCUAUUUCUUCAAUUUCAUUACUUCACACAAACUCUAUCAUCUUUUUCUUUCACUUGUUUACUUAUUUCUUUCAGUCAGCUGAAACAAUUGCUUUAGAAAUAGUAAUACUCUUCAUAUUUUUUAUUUUGCCACUCUUAAUGAUAUUAUUAUAUUCAAAGAAUAUCACAGCACUUAUACUUUUGAGAAAGUAUAGGCCACAGUGAUCUACACUGUAAACUUUUUCAACUUCUCUUAAUUCACUCUGAAAUAUGAAAUCUUGAGCACCUGUGUAUUCUGAUGCAUUCACUUUCUCACUCUUUCUGUAACACACACAUUUACAUUCUGCUGCAGAAUCAAUAAGUGUAGACUAUCAAUACUUCUUAUUCUCAUGUUUAUGAUAAAUUCAAUGUAUAAUGUUUAGCUUCUUCUCACAUUUUCUCACUCAUCUGAUCAUACCCUCUACAAACCCAGUCAACUGUGCAUUGCAUCAAAACUUGGAGAGAUCUCGCAUGAAACCCUAGACAAUAGAAACAAUGCCGGCGCCAUCAAGGCCCUCCUUCCUCUCCCUUUCUAAAUCACCUUCAUUCGCUACCUCUCCCCCCUCUCACACAGAACCUCCUGAGUUACUUUCAUCUGAUAGUAAUCAGCCGAAAUCAGAUCCAAGUGCUUCAAUAGCCGCAUCUCAAACACCAGUGUCAUUGUCCAUCAUUCUGUCAAACUUGAUCCCGUCAGUUCUAAUACUCAUAUAUGCCAUUUACAUUAUCCAUCGGAUCAGACGGUAUACGCGAUUCGCGGGAAUCAAGAGGUUCUUCCACAUAUGUGUUUCUUUACCGCAGAAUACUAUGGACAUAGUUUGGAGGGGGAGAAGGAGGGGCAUUGAUGGAUACGUGCAUGUCGAUGCCAAUCAAAAUUCCGACCAUUCUGUUGAACGAGGUGGAUGGGACGAACUGGCAAGUUAUGGUGUUAAUGGGCAUGAAGAGAUUGAGAUCGAGGGCCAGCAGGACGUGGCCGGAACCGGGAGACCAGUUGAAAGUAAGGGUUAUCAACAGGGUGACCAACUUAUUGAUAGCUUAAGCUCAGGUUUCGAUGCCUCCGAUGCGGCAUUGGAUACACCCUUGGAGGACGACGGGGAGGAGCAAUUAGACAUGUCCAGAUAUUUCGACCCAAUGACGUCAAGGCUGCGAGAAGGCGUCCUUUUUGGCCCUGAGAUAGAGAUUGGGCGCGAGGAUAAGGCUGAAUUUGAGGGCAAAGGAGAAAAAGGAGAUAUCACGGCGUGGAUUGAUGGCGCCGUUGGUAGGGUUGUUGCGAGGUUUGUCAGUUGGCUGGAUGACUGACUUUGAAACCCCUUGUUAGCGUGAGUGCUUGGGUAAUGUUAUUAUUAUUAUUAUUCUUCAAUUAUAGAUGUAUGCAGUCAGAGACUAUGACAUCUACCUGAGAAAUUUUAGUUCUCAGGGUUUUUCCUAUAUCUGUAAAGUUAACUAUUAUACAUUCAUCAAUUUCAGAUAUGCAAAAUCAGAAAAUUCCAGCUCAG